GACCUUUUUCUGGCGUUUUUCUACGCGCGCCGUAUUCACGAGGUGUCCUGGGCGGUGUACGCCCUCGCUGUCUGCCGCGGUGUGAAGCAUCUGACUUGAGCUGCGCAAUUAAAAGCGAAUUUUAAAUGAGCUCGAUUGCGCACAUUUCAGAUCCUUCGGGAGUGGCAGGAAUCCUCGCUGUGCCGUCCUGUGGAACCCACCUGACUGACCUUCUCCCAGGCUUGGCUUCUGGAGUCUGAUUUUCUUGGCCAUGGCUACUUCUGACAUCCAGGUGAAGGAGCUGGAGAAGCGAGCCUCUGGGCAGGCCUUUGAGCUGAUCCUCAGCCCCCGCUCCAAAGAGGCCGUGGCAGAGUUCCCCCUGUCUCCCCCCAAGAAGAAGGAUGUGUCCCUGGAGGAGAUCCAGAAGAAGUUGGAAGCAGCUGAGGAGAGACGCAAGUCCCACGAGGCAGAGGUGCUGAAGCAGCUGGCUGAGAAGAGGGAGCACGAGAAGGAGGUGCUGCAGAAAGCCAUCGAGGAGAACAACAACUUCAGCAAAAUGGCAGAGGAGAAGCUGACCCACAAAAUGGAAGCCAACAAGGAGAACCGUGAGGCGCAAAUGGCUGCCAAGCUGGAGCGCUUGCGGGAGAAGGACAAGCACGUGGAAGAGGUCCGAAAGAACAAAGAAGGCAAAGACCCCGGCGAGGCCGAGACCGACUGACUCCGCUCUGGAAACUGACUCCCCCUCCUCCAAAUAUCCAAAGACUGUACUGGCCAGUGGUUUAUCUUUGCUUUUGGUUCGGUUAUAUAUAUAUUUUUUGUUUUUUACGUUUCUUAGAAACUGAUGUAGAACUGUAAAAUUAGAUCCAAACUGUACACUUGCUUUGGGGGCUAGAGGGGAGACCUUCCAUGUGUCACUUUUCUAAGGUGUUGUCUUUCCAGUGUAGCUUUUUCUUCUUGUUGCAUCCUUUUCUACGCCAGUGCACUCGCUCCUGGGUUGAUGGUGAGUACUGUAUCAGCUCUGUAAGACCUUGUGCAAGGAAUCUCUAUAACUGUUCCAUGCUGAAUAUCUGUUACACUUCCAGCAAAAAUCUCUGACUGUCCAGUCUGCUCAAAUACUGCUGUAACGAUGACUCAAUAAAGCUGCACAGUGCUGUUAC